UAAGUCUAGCUAGGUUUCUCACAGCGUGUCAUCCCCGACUUUAGCCUCACAGCCCGUCAGCGCUUCAGCAACCACCGUGGCAGGACUGCGUCAAAAUGGCCACGCCCGGAAAGUUUCGGGUGCAGUAAUUAAUAUUGGCCUAGCCCAAGCCUAGCCUGCCUCGCUUUAAACCCUCCUGAGCUUAGCUGGAACGUUCACAAGCUCCCUGCUUUUAGUUAGAGCAUAUACCCUCAUAGACAUCAUGCCUCGUCCCGCAGCGUUAUUUUUACAUGGAGCAGCUGUGGGCGUGAUGGCAUACGGCUUUCUUAGCCUCAAAAAACUACCUAUGGACGCCUGGAUCAGAACACAAAAAGGAGGGCACUUCCAGUUUCUGACUAUACAAGGGCUGGCCUCCGCUUGGUUAACCAUGGCUCUAAGCCUCGGUUGUGAUAUACUGCCUUCGUUCACCGCCCUUCGCACCGCUAAGCGUGCUUCCCUUAUGAUAUCUCUGCCUCUAGCAUUUGUGAUAUCCGCAGUGUACUGGUCACUCCUCUUGUUAUUCCCAUCAUUGAUUCUACAGCGCCCGCUGUUGGGCUCCGAGCCCUCUUCUUCGCUGGCUGUCCCUGAAUUGAUAUGGAUUCCUCUCAAGAUAGAUUUGUCUCUACAUCUCGCUCCUCUUGUCGCCCUCCUUGCAGAUUUUACUUUCUUCGAGAAGAAAUAUACCCGAAAGCAAGUUCAAAUCGGUGCACCACUCGUCGUUCUCGUCUGUGGAACAUGGUAUACCUGCUGGGUAGAAUAUUGCGCUAGCUACAACAACACAUUCCCAUACCCUUUCCUAACGGAGAACCCGUUCAACAUCCGCAUUGGCAUCUAUACAUUUGUCUCCUUCCUUGCUUGGGGCUGUUUCUGUCUCAUAAACGCGCUGCAUCCUUAGGAGGGUUGUAUCAUCCUUUAUCAUCUGUACCUUCGUGUAGAGCUGGGUGUCAACAACACAAUGUCAAGUAUUAGCAUAAUAGAU